ACUGUACGUCCGUUUUAAGCCAAACUCUUUUCACACACUGCGAUAUGGAUGCUUUAUUGAUUGUGACCAACGUCUUUCUUAUUCAACUUGUUGUAGCUAUAGAAGUAUUAGGGACGACCAGAAGGUCUUACAAGCUAGUAAAAGAAUCCCGGACGUGGUCGGAGGCUAGGAAAUUCUGUGAAGCACAGGGUGGGGACUUGGGUGUGGUCACCGACUUUUAUUCCAGUCCGGGUCGCUACCUCGCGCACGCUCUCGAGUCCACUCCUGACCUCAAAGCGUGGGUCGCUGGUAAAGGACAAGAUGAUGGAUGGGAUUGGUACGACCAGCAACGACACCAAGCUGGUUUGAUCACUCCAUUAUCCAAACUGAUCGCAUACAGAGGCUGCGUUAAACCUGAAUUUAUCAUGGGUGGAUUGCGCAUGCAUAACAAUAAUGCAGAGGGUUGUUUCAGAAAAUGUAAAUGGAAGGGAUCUAUUGCCCUUAAGAGCUGGUACUGUAUCUGUGAGUGGCGAUUGCGGAACAUCACGGUGACCGUUGACGACUACUGUGACAUCACGUGUCCUGGACGAGACGGCGACAGGUGUGGAGGCAUCCACGGAGUAUCCCUUUACCAGAUGAACCCACGUGCGGUGCUUUGGGGGGAGGGCGAGCCACUUUCAGCCCGAGGAUGUGUAUAUAUAAACAGACCCUACGAGGAUAAACCAUGGAGUUGGCACGCAUCACAUUGUCACAUGAUCAGGCGCUUUCUGUGCAGAUACGAUGACCAUCACAUAUGCGGCGUAUACCCAUCCUGUGUUCGGCCCUCCACCAAACCCGCUACUUGGGAGGAUGCUGUAGACCAUUGUCACCUAAACAACGGCACAAUUGCAACAGUUGACGUCACACAUAUGCAUGAAAGUGAUGACAUCAUUUCAAUUCCACCUGGGCAGUUCUGGGUCGGUCUUAGUAAGCAAGAAAGCUGGAAAUGGACAAAUGGAAUAACCAUUCCCACCACAUAUUUCCAUGCCAACCGGUAUGACAAAUGCACGAGCGACACCUGUGUGGUACUACAAAAGAAAGGAGACCUCAAACUGGCUGGAGACUCGUGUGACAACAGGAGGCCUUUCAUAUGCCAAUUCUAUACGGAGCAUCACUCACCGGUCAAAGAUCCUCCUUUUGACCAGAAUGACGACCCUUCUGUCGGCGUCAAAGGCCAGGGGGAAAAUACCACAACUAGCUACCCCGACGUGGAAGCCAGGGAAGAGAUGUACAAAACUGUAAUGUACCUGGCUAUCGGGGUGGCUUCCGGAAUGGCUUUGGUUUUUUCCAUAUGUAUCAUAGCCUAUGUCGCCAGACGCUGCAGGCAGCGGUCUAAAUGGAAAGCCAGGGGAGGAUUCCGACAUAGGCGGGUCAACAGCAAUGGAGGUUUUGUUAGUGAACCUAUGAGAUCAACCACAUCGGCAUCUCACACGCAGGAAACUGAAAUUCUUUAUGACAUUCCGUGUGAUCCUUCCCAAUCGUCUGAAUCGCCUUUCCGGCGGACACAGCGAGCGUUACGCCAAGAGUCCUUGCGUGAAACACCAUAUACACACACUCGCCGAGGAUCUGACGGAUACCGUAGUCUGUCAUGGAAACGAGUCCCCAGCGGCUCUAAAAAGGAAAAGGAAGCCAAACCCCGGGAGCGUCAGUUUAUUCAGCCUGAGAUCCGAUCGGUAUACACCGGACCUGCAACCGAGCGGUUUCAUGACGCAAGUUACAUGAUCCAUCAGGUACAGGCCCAAUGUCAUGACGACCGUCAGGUACCGCGUAGCGAGUACAUGGACAUCGAGACUACUGCCAGGCAACGAACCCGCCGAUUCUCCGACCUGGAGAAUGAUGAUGCCAUCCGAUUGGCUGACACAUACAGUCAACCAGGCCAAACCAGGAGGCCAAGCGACAAUGGGGCUGUACUAUCGAUGGACACCAGUGAUUUGUAUGCAUGUGUAAAUAAAGUCAUGUCAAAUCUCAACGACGAUAGGUUCCAGGGAAUAUCUAACUAAUAUCCGUUUAACAGAAAAUGUCACCAACUCGUGUUGUUUAUGAUUGUAUGGACUCAUGAAGUGUCCCAUAUUGACAUGUAUCAGUGGUCUAUGAUGAUCUAGAGUUCAAGUGAAUUUAGAAUUAAACCGUGUCGUUCAUAAACCUCGUUGAUAACAAACAGUAUUGAUUCGAUGACGUAAAUAUUUAACCAAAUAAGUUAACGGUGGGCGUGGUAUAUUGCUGGGAAAUGCAAUAUUUAAUUUUCAGUUGAGAAACCGUAGACCAUUUAUCUAUGCGGUGAAUGGGAUAUUGUCUUACGUGAGGCAUGAAUACAUCGAUGACGAUUACAGUACCAGUCAAGAGAUGGUCUUUCUGGUGAAUGAACACGAACGAGUGAUGUAUGAUUCGACAGGGGACAAUCCUGUUACAAUGUAAUGUAAAUAUAAAGUCACCUGUAAAUAUUUAAUUGGCAUGCUGGUUUGAAGAGCAGUCAUCAAACGAGUUUACUAAUGAAUGACAAAACCUUUUUAUAUUCUAUUUUAUUUAUCAAUGUUUUUAAUUUAUACAUAAAACUAUAGAUAACGAAAUAUCAAACAAUUGGUUUUAAAGAAUUUAAUAGUACAUGCAUGCAUACGCUAUCAUGGGUUAGCUUUACAGACAGUGGUGUUGUAGUUGAAUGUUCUCUAGAAGAUGAAGAAAAAUAUUAAUAUAGGUACACUAUGUAUUUUUUACUUUGUACAUUGUCUAUCAUAUAGACACUUGCAAUACAUCCAAUAUUGUUUUUACCUGCGCGGUAAUGUGACAUGUCUUCUAUGAUCACAUUUAUACUAUUGCAUUACCUAUCCUUCAUAUAAUGUGUAUCGAUAUCCAAUAUAAACUGUAAAUAAACCUGUCGGAAUGAAUUAAUUGUAUGUGUUCCUAUAAGAUGAACUACAGUUGACUCACAUUUGUUAUAAUCCGUACGGUAUGACUUCAUGUAUUGCGGGUAUUAAAGCUUUAAGA